CGCUUUCCACUCGACCGCUAAUCUGGGCUAUAUUGACUACAUGUGCACUCUACGAUCUAGCCUAUUCUAGGUCUACGGCGAUAAAAAACCCUCCAAUAAACUUUGCACUUUGACCCCGUAAGAAAGCAGGCACUUCUUCGUUUUCUCUCUUCCACCGUCGAAGAGGACUGGCCAGAAGUGUUUGCGUUGUGCUGGUGGCAGGUUGGAGGUUUUCUUUCGUCGAAGAGUUUCCGUCUGAUCUUUUUCCGUGUGCAAGGCUAUUGCGAGAGUCUGUAGCGAAGUGCUUACCUGUAUAAAUUAUCCCCUUCCAAGGUGGAUUAGUCAUCUUCCUUUUUUUGUUGUUGUUGUUGUUAUUAGUCAUCUUCCAUUGACGUUACAUUCAUUUAGUGAAACGCUGUGUUUUGAUUUGUAAACCCACCGGCGGUUGUCUUCCGACUCCCCGGUGUGGGGAGCCGGGCCAUUGGGCCUCUCUUCGGUUCCAGCAGCCCUAUUCCGUAUUGACGGGGUGAACUGGCAAGUGUAGGGUAGAGAAAAGAGUGCCGCUGAGUGUUACAGCGGCGUAUUGCCUGGGAAGGCUAGCUUUCGGACGGCUUGGAUCGUUGAAGCGAAAGGACUUUCGAAGGAGCAUUGCCUCGUGAAUGACAGGUCGAUCAUUGUGUCAGCAACAUGCCACUUCCGUUCAACCCUCCUCCGCCUCGGUCUCAGCUAACUGAGCUGGAGAAGAAACGUGAAGAGAACAUUCGUCGCAAUGAAGACAUGCUGAUAUCCCUUGGUUUGCUGGCACCGAAUGGAUCAUUUUUCCAAGCCAAGAAGCGAUCGAAGCAGCUGUUGAUGGAGUCCGAGAGCGAGUCAAGCGAAGAUGAAGAGUGGACACCACAGGCGGAAUGGCAGAAGAGAAUGAAGAAGCAGCCAAGAACAUCAUUUGAUGAGGUGGAAAGGUACAAGGAGAAAGUUGCCAAAGGAGCAGCAACACGCAAUCAGGAACAGGCUGGUGCUGACGAUGAUGUGCAUAGUGCCAUGGGCGACCAAUCAGAAUCUUUGGGUGAUGAGAACUCAAAAAAGGCGGAUAGAAACAAGCCGCUUGUUCUUGAUUCUGAGGAGACACCAAAUCUGGCAUGUCCGAUGCUGGUAGUUCCGGAGCCAGAGGAAGUAAAUGACACUGAGAGGUCAGCAGGCGAGCCUGCGAGCGAUGGUGGCUCACGUGUACGAUAUCCAAGACGGCAAGCGGCUUCUAAGGUUUCGUACAAUGAAGCAGAGUCAGAUGAUGAUGAGUAUAUCUAUUGUGAAGAUUGCGAUGACUGGUUUCGUGGAGAUUGUCCCAACUGCGGACCAUUGCAACCGCUCAACAGUGAAGCAAUGGGUAGCAAACCAGUACGCAGUCAACACACAUCUCUGCUCAUUCCGCCAGAGAUCAGAAUUGGGAAAUCGAAAAUUGCUGGUGCUGGUAUGGGAGCAUUUGCAAAGACGUUCAUACCAAAAGGCACCCGGAUUGGUCCGUACACUGGAGAGGUGAUUGAAGAGGACGGCUUGAAUCCCGAACGGGACAGCAGCUACAUGUGGGAGGUUGCACCCACAGCGGCAGGGAAAAAGCGCUUGGUUGAUGGCAAAUCGGAGAAACAUGCCAAUUGGAUGAGGUUUGUGAACUGUGCUCGUAACGAGGAAGAGCAGAACUUUGUCGCUUACCAGUACAAGGGUGAAAUCUACUAUCGGUCAUUCCGUGACAUUCGACCACACGAUGAACUUCUUGUUUGGUAUGGCAAAGAGUACGCAGUGGAAUUGGGAAUUUCAAUGGAAAGCGCAUCAUCACUGCAGACAUCAGAACCAAAUCAAGAUGUGAAAAUUGAGCCAAACCGUUUCAGGAAACCACAAAUGGAACGAACAAGGAAAGUCGGUCCACGUCCAGCUCCUAAGGGUACUUCUCCAGAGCAACCGCUCUUACUCUCUGGUCUGAUACGGAAGAGACCUCCAUAUGCAGCACAACAUUGCAGCAUGACACAGACAGCCAAACAAGCCAAGGUAAUUCCUGAUCCAAACAUCAGCACCCACACAACGAAUACUCCACUGCAUACUGAUAACGGUAACGAAAGCAAUAGAGUGUAUGUGCCGAAAAGUGAAGUGAAACGCAUUAUCCAAUUGACCGCAAGGAAGAAGGAAUUGAAAUGCAAGGCAUGUGGAGUAAUCAGCAAAACCACCGAGGAUCAUAUCAAGCAUGGUCAGGGACAUGUUGCUAGCUGUUAUGCUGGGUACAAGUACCAGUGUAGAGAAUGUGGUGACCUGUUUAGAUGCAGUAGUAGCCUUGUUAUACACCAAAGAAAACACACUGGAGAGAAGCCAUAUAAAUGCAAUGUGUGUGAUGCAGCAUUCACGAAUAGUAGUAACCUUGCUACACACCAAAGAAUACACACUGGAGAGAAGCCAUAUAAAUGCAAUGUGUGUGAUGCAGCAUUCAAUCAGAGUUCCAGCCUUGCUACACACCAAAGAAUACACACUGGAGAGAAGCCACAUAAAUGCAAUGUGUGUGAUGCAGCAUUCAAUCAGAGACCCAGCCUUGUUAAACACCAAAGAAUACACACUGGAGAGAAGCCACAUAAAUGCAAUGUGUGUGAUGCAGCAUUCAAACAGAGUGGUGACCUUGCUACACACCAAAGAAUACACACUGGAGAGAAGCCAUAUAAAUGCAAUGUGUGUGAUGCAGCAUUCAAUCAGAGUUCCAGCCUUGCUACACACCAAAGAAUACACACUGGAGAGAAGCCAUAUAAAUGCAAUGUGUGUGAUGCAGCAUUCAAUCAGAGAACCAGCCUUGCUACACACCAAAGAAUACACACUGGAGAGAAGCCAUAUAAAUGCAAUGUGUGUGAUGCAGCAUUCAAUCAGAGUUCCAGCCUUGCUACACACCAAAGAAUACACACUGGAGAGAAGCCUUAUAAAUGCAAUGUGUGUGAUGCAGCAUACGGUAGAAGUAGUAUCCUUGCUACACAUCACAAGAGAAGGCACACUGACAAGUGAGUUCUGAACCAGAGGAGAGAACCACACUCAUUGUGUUAUCAUCAAGUCUAUGUGAUGAUUGAAUAAGUAAUAUUGAAUACUGCAGUGAAGAACUGAGAUGCAGCAUUCACUCGGAGUAGUCACCUUACUGGACACCAAAGAACACACACUGGAGAGAAGCCAUAUAAAUGCAAUGUGUGAUGCAGGAUUUAGUGAUAGGUCGUCACUGAUUCACCACAACAAGGCAAGCUAAUGGUCACAUUCCCCUUUUCUGAAGAAGCUGAAGGCAAGGCACACUGCCAUAUGCCACAGAACAGAGCACAAGAUAUUUUCAGAAACUCUAUAUAUUUAACUAUUUCAAAAACCUGCUUUCAAAUCACUGCGGUAUCCAGUGGUCAUAACUUAGCCAGUGAAUAUGCAACGCAAUCAAAUUGUUGCCAUGGUGAUUAAGAAACACUUGGACUACAGUGCUGUGGGGCAU